AUGGGAUCCUAUAAAUCAUGUCAAGAUCGCACCGUCAGCGCGGGCAGUUCGAGCUCCACCGAGAGCGAUGCCUCGUAUCCAUCGCGUAGCACGGCCUUGACGGCUGUCAGUGACCGGCAGCCCGCCAGCCCAAAAGACGAAUCGGACUGGGACGGCAUGGAAGGGCCUCGGGACUCCGUCUCAACCUACGCCUCCACCACUGCAUCUGCCGCCGUCGCGGCGACCGCGCCAGAAGAACAGCCACGGUAUGAAGUCUACGACCGGAGACUGCAGGAGACCUUCCCGACAGAUGUACUUGCAUCCAGUCCGGCUUCGUUUGCGGCAUUGUUUCCCUCGCCGCGCCGCCUACUGAUCCGCCACGACGACGCGACGAUCGACGGCAACAUGAAUCUCCGUGUAGAUACCGUGGCUCCCUGCCGCGGGGGUUACAACCAAGAUGUCAUCCUUUUCCACCUUCGCAUGUAUGAUCUCUUCACCCGCAAGUUCUCCUUCCGACGCUACUGCCGCGACUCCGGCCGGGAAGUGUGCCAUUCCACCCGCAAGGAGACCUCCACGCCAAACAACGACCGCAACCCCUGCUCUCGCCGCCGCUCCUGGAGCAGCAUGCUCGCCAGCAUCCGGCCCGGCUCGAGCGGACAGGACUCCUCUACCGCCAGCCUGAAGCACCGGGAUGCCUCCGGCUUCGGCGCUGUGCAGCAACACGACGAAUCCCUCGAUGAGCUCGAUAGCACGGAGAAAUCGUUUGGCGAUGCCAUACUCAUGGAGUUCUCCAACUACGCUCACGUCGAGCUCAAGCGCCGCGGGGCGGGCCCUGCGAAGCGCUACGAGUACGAGUACUGGUCCACCAAGUACCAGUGGCGACGCGAGUUCCGCAAAGAAGGAGAACUGCGCGAGGUAUCGUACCAUCUCGUCGACACGCGCACCUCUAAUACAAUCGCCCACAUGGUCCCUGAGAUCCUGACGCCCCUGGAAGCGGGCGAGGAGGAGAGCAAGGGCGGGUGGGUUCCGCCGACAUCACUGUGGAUCAGUGAUCCGAAUGUGUAUGAACGGAUGCCCGACAUUGCCGACGUGAUUGUGGCUACCGGUCUGAUCGUCCUGGUAGACGACUGCAUCCGUCGUCGCUGGCAUCACGGGCGCCGGCUCCCCGCACGAACCGCUUUCGCGCGGAGGAUGGAGCGCAUGGGCCCUCGCCGGUUGAUCGGCGAGGUCCUUCAGCGCCGGGGAUCAGCGUAG